AUGUCCCGUUUCGCAGCUCGUCUCUUCGUAGCCGCUUCUCAACGGGCGACAGCCAGAUCCGCGGCGUUACCGAGGACGAUCCCGGUCUUCAUCCGUCCCCUAUCCACAUCUCAAGGCCUGCAGUCUCUCACACGAUAUGAUGAGACUACAGACUGGCAAAAGAAACUGACCCCGGAACAGUAUGUAGUCACCAGAGAGAAGGGCACCGAGGUGCCCUUUAGUGGGAUCUACCUUAACCAUUCAGAAGUGGGGAUGUACCACUGUGUCUGCUGUGAGGCUCCACUUUUCAGUUCAGAGGCUAAGUAUGAUUCUGGGACAGGCUGGCCGGCAUUCAAAGAGGCUCAUGGGACAUGGGAGCGGGAUGAAAGCCACGCCUCCGUUAUUCGUCGCCCUGACAACAGCCUGGGUAGCACAGGGACAGAGGUCCUUUGUAAAAAUUGUGAUGCCCACCUGGGUCACGUGUUUGAUGACGGACCAGACCCAACAGGUCAGCGGUUCUGUAUCAACAGUGUGGCCCUCACGUUUAAACCCAGAGGAAACACCAAACCUGGCAAGCCCGAGGAAAACUGAUGAAUCACACGGACUUGCCUAAACCAACACACUUCCCGCAUGUUUCAUUGCAGGCCAGUCCUUUUCAGGAGGCAAAAUGAAGGUCCAGAAUCAGAGCAUUCAGUCCAUGGCCGUGACUGAUACAGGUCUAGAAGUGAGAGGCUUUGUGUGGCACAAAGUGUUUUAAUGUUUGAAUUUAAGUGGAAAUGGACUUCCUGAAAGACACUGAACUGAGCUCAGUUUCUUGUUCAAAAACUUUGCACUGGAGAGCAGUCUACAUGUCUGCUGAUCAUACAUUACAUGAUUCACACGAACCCAAACUGUAGACCCUCAGCUCCUUCAGUCACAUCAAUCACUUUUUUUUUUUCAUUUUCGAGUUUUUGAUGGUAAUUCUGUUUUAAUGAAUGUUAACUGAAUGAAGUUUUUUUGGAUGUGUAA